UAAUUAAGAACUUUUUUGGGUCAUAACUGAUAAAAGCUGAUAUGAAUAUCGAAAACCACAAUAGCACAGUAAUAAAAAUUUAGGAUCUGGUCAUUGUUUUCUAAUAUAUUGCUUUCGCCCAGAAUGUAGCGCUUGCAUCAGUAUAUUUUCGCAUUUCGUUGAGAAAAGUAAUGUUCUAGUGAUAGAGCUAAAGCCAACAUAAAAAAACACAAUGGCAGCCAAGAGGGGUAUUGAAAUGCUUAAGCAGAUAGCCGAAUAUGCAUGCAAGGGAUCCGGCUUUAACCGUGUUACGAAAAUGGUAAAAAUAACGGGUGGCGGUGAAGGACGCUGCGUGGGUGAAUUUACAGUGGAAGAUGAGCAUUUAAAUCACGAGGGCUCAUUACAUGGCGGUUUAAUGGCAACGAUUGUAGAUCAUAUAACUUCCUAUGCCCUAAUGACCAAAGGUUCACAUCCGGGUGUCAGCUCUAGCUUAAAUGUAAACUAUUUGGCUGCGGCCAAGUGUGGAGAUAUCGUCGAGGUAGAUGCCAACACCGUACAUGCUGGACGUAAAAUGGCCUACAUUGAUUGUGUGUUGCGUAUAAAGCAAAAUGGCAAAGUCAUUGCCAAAGGCGGACAAACCAAAUUCGUUGAUAUAGACUCUGAGGUCCCUAAGUUUGAAUAAACAGAAACUUUACACUGGCGUCUAUCGUGCAACCGAAAUGGAGAAUAUUCUUUAAUUAUUAUUCUUGUUGGUAUAUCGAUAGUUAAUAAAGUUAUCGCACAGA